AUUUACUCUACUUCCACCAUUGCAAAUAUAGAUGCCACGAUUCAUUUGAAAGGAAGGCUUUUUACUGAAUUAUAUGAUUUUGUAAACAAAAAAUGUCUCGAAACUUAGAAAAAGAGCUAUUUGUCUCGGGUACGACUGGUUCGAGCGUGCUUGAAACGACAGUUAUGAUAUGCAUCGGCCUUGCUUGUUGUGUGCUUUGGACAUCCAUGAAGGUACGGAAAAUACUUCCUGCUAAAGGAUUGGCGAGCUUUUUUUUUGAAUUUUGCAUCUUUCUACUCGUUCCUCUAUUAGCUCUGCAUUUAUCGGGAAAGGUUCAUCCUAUAUUAUUGACUGUUGCUUUCCUAGCUCCUUCAGUGUUCCUUCAUUUUUCCAGUCCAGUAAAUUGGAACUAUUUAAAAAGAUUUCGCAAUGGAAAGGGAAAGCAAACUGCUGAAAAUGGUGAAUUCGACCGUCGUAUAGCUUCAGUGACGUUCUACCGUUCACAAAUGAUGCUUGCGACUAUAACUUGUAUCCUUGCAGUGGACUUUCCCUUUUUUCCAAGAAAGCACGCAAAGGUGGAAACUUGGGGAAUCUCCCUCAUGGAUUUUGGUGUGGGCUCUUUUAUGUUCUCCUCUGGUACUGUUGUUGGCCGAAAAAACGAUAUUCAAAGUCCUGGAGCAUUUAAAAAAGUGCUUUUUAAUGCGUUUGCUUUGUUUUUGCUAGGUAUUGUUCGGAUAUUUUUGGUCAAGGGAAUUGAAUAUCAAGAACAUGUUACGGAAUAUGGCGUUCACUGGAAUUUUUUCUUUACCCUAAGUUUUAUGUCAGUUACAAUAUUUAUACUUCGAAAAUUACUUUCCAAGCUUUCUUACUUCUACCUUGCUACAUCGGUGACGCUUAUCCAUCUUUUCUUGCUAACGUGUACGCCUUUCCAAAAAUGGGUUUUACUAGCUCCGCGUACUAGCAUUUUGUCUCAAAAUAAAGAAGGAAUUGCGUCUUUAUUGGGUUACACAUCAAUCUUCUUGUACGGUAUGCAUACCGGAAGCAUAAUACUAGUCGACCGACCACGAAUGUAUACUCGUGCAGAGUCAUGGAAACGAUUCCAAAAGCUUAUAUUCCCGUUGCUUUCCUUAAUGAUCUUGUAUUUUGUGUCUGGUUUCUGUACGAACGGAAUUUCACGUAGACUUGCAAAUACGCCUUAUGUAACUCUAGUUGCUUUUGUAAACAUGUUUUUCUUGUGCUUAUACUUAUUAUAUGACGCAUACGUAUUCCCACCUUCUUUUUCCUAUUCAGAGCGUGUUCCUAGGAUUCUAGAAAAUGCAAACAAUAACGGCCUGUUUGUCUUUCUUUUGGGGAAUCUUCUUACUGGUUUAGUAAAUAUUCUAAUUGACACAUUGCGCAGUAGCAAUAUCAAAGGAUUGCUUAUACUUACAGCUUACCUUCUCAUAAUUUGUUAUGGAACUAGUAAACUCCAAUCUUGGGGGAUCCGCAUUAGGAUUUAGAUAUUAUUAUUCCAUUUUUCAUUCCGAAUUGUGAUUCGCUUUCUUUCUUUGUGUUGCAUCUUUUUUACCUUUUUUUUGAGACGUCCUCAGUGAUUUUUAUAUAUCUUCUACAACGAGCAUUGUUCCACUUCUCGAUCAUUUCCGCUUCGUAGUAUGCUUUAUUGUUUUGCAUGCGCUUUUUGUAUUUUUCGUAUCAAUGACUAGAACAGCAGAUACAGACGAUUUUUGAGUGUUGUAAAACAUAUGUUCUGUAAUAUUUCAACAAAAGUUUCAUUAUUACCAUAUAAAUGAUUCAACUUUCACUUUUAAGAUACACAA